UUCCUCACUUCAAACCCCCCGGCCACCUUAUCCAUUCUUCUUUCAGUGCGCCGAUCUUCUGAACUCCGGCGGGCGGCGAUGGCGGCCGCCGACGACGUGAAGUUGUUGGGGACGUGGUGGAGCCCAUUCGUGCUCCGAGCCCGAAUAGCUCUGAACCUCAAGUCGGUGGAGUACGAGUUCAUUGAGGAACCAAUGUUUCCCAAGAGCGAGCUCCUCCUCAAAUCCAACCCGGCUUACAAGAAAGUGCCCGUCCUCAUCCACAACCGCCGCCCCAUUUCGGAAUCCGCCGUCAUCGCACAGUACAUCGACGAUGUCUGGUCCUCUUCUUCUUCUCCUCCGCCGCCUCCCUCCAUCUUUCCCUCAGAUCCUUACCACCGUGCCACCGCCCUGUUUUGGUCCCGUUAUAUUGACGAUCAGAUAUUCCCAAUUUUGCACGGGUUAUGCUUCGCAACGCACGAGGGAGACAAGAAAGAGGAAAUGAAGAAGCUUGUGGAAAUGAUAUCUCCAUUGGAAGAUGUACUGUUGCUAAUAAAGAGGAAAGGCAAUAAUAAAUUCUUUGGAGGAGAGAGGAUUGGGUGGCUGGACAUUGCUCUGGGAAGCCUCGUGGGUUGGUUCAAGGCGGUGGAGGCGGCGUGUAACGGCGGCGUCGAGUUGUUUUUCGAGGGGAGUCCGAGUUUGUCCCGAUGGUCGGAGGAUUUCGCCGCCGAGGAUGCCGUCAGAGGCGUCUUGCCGCCGACAGAGGAGCUGGUGGAGUUUGCCAAGGGGUUCUCUGAGAUUCUGAAAGGGGCCCGGAAAUCCAAUUAGCCUUGCAGCUGCUCUGAUUUGAUUUCCUUGCCUUUCUUUCUUUCUUCUCCUUCAAUUCGGGUUUCAAUUUAAUUGUCUCUAUUGUAUUGCUGUGUUCUUUGUUUUGUUUUUUUACUACACUGUGUGUCCCUACUCCCUACGUUAUUACAAUAAUAUUAAUAUAAAGUUUGUUUUAAU